AUGGACCCGCGUAACGUCCCAAUUCCCAGUUUCCCGAUUCCUGCUACAGACGGAGAUGAUGUCUUGUUUGCGCUUCAAAAACGUCAACAGUCCUGGGGGUUCCCACGGGAAGCCGACGCACCGUCAGGUUUCACAGCGCAGCAGCAGCCUCAAUAUGAAGAGCCACUCUCUCGUUUCUCAGCCGCUCUUCAGCCAAUACCGCUCGCACCUAUACCUCCUCUCAUUCAAAGUCCUUUCGCAGGGGAACUUCCAACUCCCCCACGACGCCAGUCAGUGGCUCAGUUGCCUUUAAAACAGUCAUCCAUAGGACAGGGAAGGAGAGACUCGACAAAAAGUACGGGGUCUAACUAUACCUUGGCAUGUUUAAACUGCCGCUCUAAGAAGAUAAAAUGCAUUCUUGAAGAGGGAGGAUGCAAGAAAUGCAAGAAACUCGGGAUCCCGUGUCCUGGCCCAGAGGUAGAUGAACGGAAGCGGCCCUCCUCAAAAAGGCAUAUCCGCGAAUUAUAUCAGCGCAUCCACGACUUAGAAGUUGCUCUAAAGCAGAGCGAGGCUCUCCGCAAAGCACAGUCACAAAACUUUCAUACAAUUCGUGGCAUUGCCCAGUUCUCACCUCCGGAGUCUCCGGUAUCCCUACUUCGCCAAAAUAUUCCUAAUAACAUUAUUGCCCGUCUCUGUGAUGGGAGAUAUCAACUAAACUACGACUCUGACGGCCAGCUUCGAUAUUUUGGUCCAACUUCUAGUCUACAUUUGACCGACACAGUGGCAACAUCCAUCGUUCGAACAUGGGGAGAAUACUCGUUGAGCCGAAAGAUAGAUGUUUGCGAAGUAGAUGCUGAAACCCAGGAAUACUUGCUAAACCUUUACUGGAAAUUCCAACACACUGAGCUUCAAAUCCUUCAUAAGGAGGCAUUUUUACGUGAUAUGGCAACUGGUCAGACCAAGUUUUAUAGCAAAGCACUUCUAUAUUGCAUCAUGGCAUGCGCUGCGCGCAUUUCACACAAACCUGAAAUCCGUGCGAUGGUAUUAACACCCAGUCUCUCGGAGACUGAUGAGCUUCCCCCUUUAUUUGCAGCUGCUUCCAAACUUGUUGAUGAAGAGUUAAAACGCCCGCAAAUCACCACUAUCCAGUGUCUACUGCUGUUAUCUGUGAUCUACUGUGCGUUCUCACAAGAUACAAAGGGCUGGGUUUUGACAGCCCUGGAUUUGGGUUUGCAUCGAGAUUGUUCGUCCGUUGCUGAUAAAAUUUCUCUGACGGAGAUGGAGGCACGCUCGAUUACAUUUUGGGGAUGUGUGAUAUUCGACAGGAACCAAAACAAAUGCACUAUGAGUCGAGUUAAUGAGCUAGGCGAUCGCCUUAAGUCAUGGUACAGUGGACUUGACCCAUCAUUACAAUAUCAAAAUAAUUCGCCGCCGUCUGUCUCCGUUAUGCAUAUGCAAUACUGCGCCGCGGUUAUUCUACUGUACCGCCCUCUUGCAAAUUUCGGCAUAGAAAACUCAGAGAGAAGUGACUAUUCGUCUCAGUUCCGCCUUAUCUGCGUCAAACAUGCCAUUGAUGCUACUCGAUAUAUGGAAGAUUACCGAAAUAAUCAUGGCAAUGCCACUACUCUGAGUGGUAUUAGCCUGCACGUCAUAUCGACUGUCUCAACGACCCUUAUUGCUGAUAUAACGGAACGGCGACACGCCAAUGUUAGCCAGGAAUUUCGCUGCUUGAUAAUCUGUGUUCGCACCUUACUUGAACUGGAACAGACCUACCUCGUGGCUCUGCAAGUACGCAAAGUCCUUGAGGUGGUGAUUCGGAUAUGUAACCUCGAGAACAACGAACUACAAACUGCUUCCUUAUUACCUGAAGGCCUCUCUAUUGGGACUUCAUUCACAACGAUACCCUCUGCUGGUCAGACGGAAAGUUCUCUUGACGAAGACACCCGGGUGGAACAGGAUUCUGAUUCGAGUAUCCCCUUACAACGAUUCCGCGGUGCCCCUCCGCCGCCACCUAUCACCCCUGACUCUAUACAGAUGUCGGAGCCGCCUUAUCUAGGCAUCACAUAUAACCCCUUUCCCCUGCUUAAUGAGACAAGUACAUCCUCAUCCGUCUACGAUGGCUGGUGA